UGACUGAAUGUGGGAUUGGUGAGGAAAAUGAUGGAGUCUUGAUUCGUUGAGUUUGUGUGUGAAUACGAAAACAGCGCUGGAAUUUCCUCCUUUCGACUGGGAAAACCACCACUGCUUCUCGGCUUCAAGCUCCUCUGUUUGGUUGUUGCCGCUAUACGUCUGAGUAUCCAAGGGAUUUCUGUUUCGCUGCCGCUCUUUUCCCUAGGAUAGUCUGCCUGGCUAAGGUUAGCCUAGGCUGCUAGCGGAGCUCUAUGGGAAUAUCCUGCCAGAGCGGCUCUUUAGCUCGCUAGCGGGCUGAAUGCAGCCACGCGCCUCCCGCCGCAUCGGGCGCAUUCAGCCGCUACUGCUGCGGCAUUAUUCACGCGGUUUAUUGACACAUGGAAAUGAGGAAUAUCGGAUUACCAUGCACUGCUUACGUUUAUUUUGAGGGAUUUGCUGUACGGAAUGAGCUCUGUGAGAGCUGUCAAUCACCCCGGUGGAUUUAACAUGUCAUGCCAUCAUGCAGAUCUGCGAUCAUCCACACUAAUGUUUUGAUGACAAGGGAUCUGCGUGUUUUUUCCUUUCUUCUACCUGAUUUGAAACCCCUUAAACAUCAAUGAAUGCACAAAAGCCGAUUUUGGAAAGAUACUUUUGAGAACUUUUUCAAGGAAAGGAUUUGUGAGGGGGUGGUGUCAGAACACGACAGUCUUUUAAACAAACUGUCAGCUCUUUAAAGAGGAAAAAAACCAUGGCUUCGGUGUGGAAGAGACUGCAGCGUGUUGGGAAACAUGCUUCCAAAUUCCAGUUUGUCGCCUCCUACCAGGAACUCAUGGUGGAAUGUACAAAGAAAUGGCAACCGGACAAGCUAGUUGUUGUCUGGACACGCAGGAGCCGAAGGAAAUCUUCCAAGUCUCAUAGCUGGCAGCCUGGCAUUAAGAACCCAUAUAGAGGAGUGGUGGUGUGGCCUGUUCCAGAGAACAUAGAGAUCACUGUCACACUAUUUAAGGAUCCCCACGCAGAGGAGUUUGAAGACAAAGAGUGGACCUUUGUUAUUGAAAAUGAAUCUCCGUCAGGUCGUCGGAAAGCGUUGGCCACCAGCUGCAUUAACAUGAAGCAGUAUGCCAGUGCCAUGCCCACACAGACAGACGUCAAGCUCAAGUUCAAGCCGCUGUCCAAAAAAGUGGUUUCCGCAACACUGCAGUUCUCCCUGUCCUGCAUCUUUCUGCGAGAGGGCAAAGCCACUGAUGAAGAUAUGCAGAGUCUGGCCAGUCUGAUGAGCAUGAAGCAAGCUGAUAUUGGUAAUCUGGAUGAUUUUGAGGAAGAGAAUGAGGAAGAUGAGGAGAACCGAGUGAACCAAGAGGAAAAGUCCGCCAAGAUCACAGAGAUUGUGAGGCAGCUGAAUGCUCUCAGCUCUAUAGAUGGAGAUCCAGAUGACUGCCUAAAGCAACCAAAUAAACCUGCCUCCUCUUCUGAAGAGCUGAUCAGUAAGUUGAACUUCCUGGAUCAGGAGGACCAAGAGCAGAGCAACAUGAGCUCUAACCUCUUCGAUGAACCUAAUGACCCGGUUGACCUUAACCCCUUCGGUGACCCGGAUGAGGAUGAACCAUCUCCCAAGCCCCAUGUGCUGUCUACUAUCAAAGAUCAAGAGCCCGUAUUUGAUCAGAACACCUCUUAUCCCUCAAACCCAUUUGAUGAGGCUGACACAGAUAUGGAUUCUUCUCAACACGGGAACCCGUUUGACGAACCUGAACCCGAACCCCAGCCUAAAGUAUCUCCACCCAGAAGCAGCAAGAGAAAGAACGUCCGUCUGGUGGACAUGAGCAAAUACCUGUACGCCAACAUAACCAGGACAGAGGAGGAGGAGCUAGAUGAAUCAAACCCAUUCUAUGAGCCCAGAGCCUCCAGUGCAGCCUCAUCUACCGCAGACAGCAGCACCUCAGAGAAGAGCACCAAACGCCGGGCCCCUCUGCCUCCCAGUGCUGGACCCAAUCCUGCUGUGACCCCUGGAGGACCUGCACCAAAGACUUCAGCUCCUGGAGGAGCAUCCACUCCGCCUUCUCUGGCACCCUCAGCUGUCACAGCUGUGAUAGGGAGAGAGUUGGCCUCGUCCUCACCUAAGCCCAGUCCAAUUCCUAGUCCUGUUCUUGGUGGGAGGCCGAAUGCAAGUCAGUCCCUGUUGGCCUGGUGCCGUGAGGUCACGAAAAACUAUAGAGGCGUCAAAAUCACCAACUUCACCACUUCCUGGAGAAAUGGACUAGCAUUCUGUGCCCUGUUACACCACUUCAGACCCAACUUAAUUGACUACAAGGCUCUCAAUCCUCAAGAUAUUAAAGAAAACAACAAAAAGGCAUAUGAUGGCUUUGCCAGUCUGGGAAUCUCUCGGCUUCUGGAGCCAUCUGACAUGGUUCUGCUGGCAAUCCCGGAUAAGCUGACGGUGAUGACAUACCUGUAUCAGAUCCGGGCACAUUUCAGCGGUGAGGAACUCAAUGUUGUGCAGAUCGAAGCCAACAGCAGUUGUAGCACAUACAAAGUUGGAGACUUUGAAACGGACACAAACAGUUCUAUCGACCAAGACAAGUUCUACGCCGAACUUAACGACAUUCACCGUGAGCCCACUAAUCAGGGUGCUGCAGCAACCAAUGGUGGUCAUGGUGUUAAAGAAGAGCAGGAAGUGAAGUCAGUCAUGACAAGCGGAGGAUCUGGUUCUCUAUCCGCCUUCCCAGGGGAAGUUCUAAAAGAUGUAGUUCCAUCUUUACGGGCGUCUACGGCAGACCGUGUCUCUCCAGCAGCACCAACCGUCACUGAACCUCACCCACGACCCACCCAAUGCACCAGAACCAGCCUGGAGACCUCCACCAGCCAACCUCCCACUGCAGAACAGAAAAAACUCCUCAAAGCCGAUACACUGGACAUGGGUGGCCCGUCUCACAGGCUGGAGAGAGAAAAGGAGAGCGGGCAGUCGGGUGGGUUGACCGCCGCUGACACCAGAGACUCCAGGGAGCAGCACGAGACCCCACGGCCUGGCGAAAGACAAACUGAAUCUGGGUCACCCACGUGGCACACCGGGUCUUCUCUAACAAACACACACAAACUGGGCUUCACAUAUAACAGAGACACUGAUCUAAUCAAGAAGAAGAGAGCGAGUUUGCGCCACUUUGAAUCUGACAGCACCUCAGACAGCAGUGCCCAGACCAACCACACACACACACCUGCUAAACUCACUCAGGAAGUUGUACCCGCCCCAGUGUCUAACACCAGUGAAGAGAAGGUGAAACAGAUCAUGGUUAUACAAAGUGAAACUUGGUUACACUCAAAGUUGAAUAAAAUCUCUUUCUCUGCAUUGCAGAAGGUCCUGUCUCGUCAAGAGGAGCUGAAGGAGAGGGCCAGGCUGCUAUUGGAACAGGCCCGUAGAGAUGCUGCCAUGAAGGCUGGAAACAAAAGCACCACUAAUGCACAGUCACCCACACACACUCCACAGAUUAUUGAUGAGCGUGAUGAAGAACGGCGCAGGCAGCUGCGAGAGAGAGCCAGGCAGCUGAUAGCGGAGGCUCGAUCUGGAGUAAAGAUGUCUGAACUGCCUCUCUAUACUGACUCCACCUCUAUUGCCUGUAGUGCAGCUGGGAACAACUUAAAAGGAAGGUCAAAGACAGCUGGAGACAUGAUGGAUGGGAUGAGUGUGGAGGGUGAGGAUGAGGAGAGCAGAAGUGAUAUUGAGGCAGCGGCGGCGUCUCACGCUGAUGAUGUCACUCAUACUAACCCUGAGGAGGAACUGUCGUCUUCAUGUCUAAUGGAAGAUGAUUUUACUAACUCUGCCAGUGACCUGGCCUCUCUGGGUGUGAUGAACAGCAGGCAUGUGGACCUGAAGCUCAAGAAGCUCACAGAGAUCCGGCCACAGGGUGGCAGCUCCCCUUCCUCUUCAUCAUCUUCCUCAUCGCUGACGGCCUCCAGUACUUCACCCCUCAGCCCUGAAUCGGGCGGCCUGCAGAAUAAUGUCAAUGAAUUGCACGCAGAGCAUCUCCGCAGGGCUACAGAACGUCUGCGUAGUCCCGUUGUCUUCCACAAGGAGUCUGCUGUCAGGAAAACACAGCUCAAAUCAUUCAGCCAAUACAUAGAGACCAGGCCAGAGGUUAAAAGGCAGAGAUCAGUGCCUGAAGAUCUAAAGCGGGCAGCUGAGGAGAGAGGAGCUCUGACAGAGACAGAAGGACGAAAGCCAACUGAAGAUGAACAGAAAGCGUUCAAAGACACCAGUCAGUACGUGGUGGGAGAACUGGCGGCGCUGGAGAGUGAGCAGAGGCAGAUCGACACGCGGGCCUCGCGUGUGGAGAAACGUCUGCGCUAUCUCAUGGACACAGGGAAUAAUAAGGAAGAGGAAGAAUCCAUGAUGCAGGAAUGGUUUACGCUUGUCAACAAGAAAAACGCUCUGAUCCGCCGACAGAACCAGCUCUCUCUGCUGGAGAAGGAACACGAUCUGGAGAGACGCUUUGAGCUGCUGAACCGAGAAUUAAGGGCAGUGCUGGCGAUUGAAGACUGGCAGAAGACGGAGGCGCAAAAACGCAGAGAGCAGCUGCUGCUGGAUGAGCUAGUCAUACUGGUCAACAAACGUGACGCACUGGUUCGAGACCUAGAUGCCCAGGAGAAAGAGGCUGAGGAGGAAGACGAACACCUGGAGAGAACCCUGGAACAGAACAAAGGCAAGAUGGCAAAGAAAGAGGAGAAGUGUGUUCUUCAGUGAUGGUCAUUUCCCAAGCAAAAAAGGAGCAAGAUGACAUGUACAUUACAGAGUCUUGAAAUGUAUUUUUGUCAUAGAGACCACAGCAUACACUUUAUUAUUGUUGUUUUAAAUCUUCAUAUGUAGAUCUGUUUGUUAUCAUUAAGGGCUUAAGAACUGCUGAAUGCCCUGGGAUGCAUCCUGUUUUAUUAAUGCCUGAGAGAUUUAUUAUUUCACAUAAACAAAUACAAAAACUUUAUUAUUAUUAUUAGGUUUGCUCUGUUGGAUUUCACAAACAAGGUACUUAAGGAACUAAUAUUUGAGGAGAUGCAAAGCUGUACAAUUUUGAAAACUUUCUGACUAAAUGGUUAAAUCCAUUCUAAUUCUUGAUUAAUCUGAACACUAAGGCAUUCAAAGCCUUCCGAAUGCGUUUCAAUUUCUUACAGGAAAUUAUAACUCAAAGUUUCGGUACAGCAUUUAAACUGGGGACAUUUCCUGUUUGUGAAUAGGAUUUCGUUUCAAAAUCAUAUCACAUUUCAGUUUUAAGAAAAUCUGUCAACAUUCUCCUCUAACAAGAACUGAAAUGUUUUAAUUACUCAACUUUAUACGUAUAGAAUAUUUGAGAAGGGGGACUCAAAUAUUGUUUUGUUUUCAAAAAUAUAUUUUGUGUUUUUUGUUGAAUAUGUUUACCAAACAUUGAGCUUGCUUUAGUGAGAAGAAUGAAAUACUGCAAGUGCAUAUAGAAAAAUAAACGGUCAUGUUGUACAUUUCAUUUCACCGUUGGAGGCUUGGAAAAAAACUUUCUUUUCAGAAGCAGUCACGAUCAGUGUAAUUUAUUACUGUUUGCUUUUAUUACUGUUUAAGACGUUUUUAACGUAACCAUCUUCACAAUCCUGUACAUUUGCUUAAGGACUUUAAUAUUUAUUGUAUAGUUAGAAGGGAGGAUUUUCUUGUCCGCAUAUUUACGUUCACGUCUUUAUUGUAUUAGCAUCAGCGGUUUAUUUAUUCCACUGUACUAUAAAUAUCACUGUUAAAUAAAAUCCAAAUUAUUUCAUACUCGAAUCAAACAGCAGCUCGUGUGGUUUUGGGUGUUGCUGAAGGAUUUGGCCUUGUGUUUCUACAGCAAAUUUUGUGUCAUCUUUAUUCAGCUGAUAGUGAAUAAAUGUAUGAUAUAAUUUUUUAAAACACAUUUAUUUCAUUCUGUCGUUUAUGCAAUUCUGUUCGAUUUUAUUUAAAUUGUCCGAAUAAUUGCAUAUUUUUUCUGUCAUUAUUACAUAGAUAUACCCUAUUAUGUUUGGCC